CCGUGAGGCGAAAGGGGGAGGGGAGCAGAAGGGAGAAACAAACACUACGUAGCGGAGGCUGCGCGCGGCCUUCGCUGCCUGCGUGCGUACGUGCGUGCGCUCGCUCGCGCGGGCUCAGUGCUGGCGCGUGAGGCGGAGGCGGGCGGCGGCGGCGGCGCCUGCGCGGUCGGGCUCGGUCGACGGUUCGCAGGGGAGGAGGCGGCGGGAGGCGGAGGAGGCGGCGGCGAUGGAGGUGAAGCGGCUGAAAGUGACCGAGCUGCGGUCGGAGCUGCAGCGGCGGGGCCUGGACUCGCGCGGCCUAAAGGUGGAUCUGGCGCAGCGGCUGCAGGAGGCGCUGGACGCCGAGAUGCUCGAGGACGAGGCCGGCGGUGGCGGGGCCGGGCCCGGCGGGGCCUGCAAGGCGGAGCCUCGGCCUGUGGCCGCGUCGGGCGGUGGCCCGGGCGGGGACGAGGAGGACGACGAAGAAGAGGAGGAGGAGGACGAGGAGGCGCUGCUGGAGGACGAGGACGAAGAGCCACCCCCUGCCCAGGCCUCGGGCCAGGCCGCGCAGCCGCCGCCGGAGCCCCCGGAGGCGGCAGCCAUGGAGGCCGCGGCCGAGCCUGAUGCCUCCGAGAAGCCGGCGGAGGAGGCCACGGCCGGGUCAGGUGGGGUAAAUGGUGGCGAAGAGCAGGGCACCGGCAAGGGGGAGGAAGACGAGCCGGAGGAGCGGAGCGGGGACGAGACGCCGGGAUCCGAGGCGCCGGGUGACAAGGCCGCAGAGGAACAGGGAGAUGACCAAGAUAGUGAAAAGUCAAAACCAGCAGGCUCAGAUGGUGAGCGGCGGGGGGUAAAGAGACAGCGGGAUGAGAAGGAUGAACAUGGCCGAGCUUACUAUGAAUUCCGAGAGGAGGCUUACCACAGCCGCUCAAAGUCUCCACCACCCCCUGAAGAAGAGGCAAAAGAUGAGGAGGAGGAUCAGACUCUCGUGAACCUGGACACAUAUACCUCGGAUCUCCAUUUUCAAGUGAGCAAAGACCGCUAUGGAGGGCAGCCACUUUUCUCAGAGAAGUUCCCCACCCUUUGGUCUGGGGCAAGGAGUACUUACGGCGUGACAAAGGGGAAAGUCUGUUUUGAGGCCAAGGUAACCCAGAAUCUCCCAAUGAAAGAAGGCUGCACAGAGGUUUCUCUCCUUCGAGUUGGAUGGUCUGUUGAUUUUUCCCAUCCACAGCUUGGUGAGGAUGAAUUCUCUUAUGGUUUCGAUGGACGAGGACUCAAGGCAGAGAAUGGGCAGUUUGAAGAAUUUGGCCAGACUUUUGGGGAGAAUGAUGUCAUUGGCUGCUUUGCUAAUUUUGAGACUGAAGAAGUAGAACUUUCCUUUUCCAAGAACGGUGAAGACCUAGGUGUGGCGUUCCGGAUCAACAAGGAAUCCCUGGCAGAACGGGCCCUCCUACCCCAUGUCCUCUGCAAAAAUUGUGUUGUAGAAUUAAACUUUGGUCAGAAGGAGGAGCCCUUCUUCCCACCACCAGAAGAGUUUGUGUUCAUUCAUGCUGUGCCUGUUGAGGAGCGUGUGCGCACUGCAGUCCCUCCCAAGACCAGAGAGGAGUGUGAGGUGAUUCUGAUGGUAGGACUGCCUGGAUCUGGAAAGACCCAGUGGGCACUGAAAUACGCAAAAGAAAACCCUGAGAAAAGAUACAAUGUCCUGGGAGCUGAGACUGUGCUCAAUCAAAUGAGGAUGAAGGGGCUUGAGGAGCCAGAGAUGGAUCCCAAAAGCAGAGACCUUUUAGUUCAGCAAGCCUCCCAGUGCCUUAGUAAGCUGGUCCAGAUUGCUUCCCGGACAAAGAGGAAUUUUAUUCUUGAUCAGUGUAAUGUGUACAACUCUGGCCAACGGCGGAAGCUGUUGCUGUUCAAGACUUUCUCUCGGAAAGUGGUGGUGGUUGUUCCUAAUGAGGAAGAUUGGAAGAAGAGGCUGGAGUUGAGGAAGGAAGUGGAGGGAGAUGAUGUGCCUGAGUCUAUAAUGCUGGAGAUGAAAGCCAACUUCUCUCUGCCUGAAAAAUGCGACUACAUGGAUGAGGUGACAUACGGGGAGCUGGAGAAGGAGGAAGCUCAGCCCAUUGUCACUAAGUACAAGGAGGAGGCAAGGAAGCUGCUGCCCCCUUCCGAGAAGCGGACAAACCGCCGAAACAAUCGAAACAAGCGCAACCGGCAGAACCGAAGCCGAGGCCAAGGCUACGUGGGCGGGCAGCGCCGAGGCUACGACAACCGGGCCUACGGGCAGCAGUACUGGGGGCAGUCUGGAAACAGAGGGGGUUACCGUAAUUUCUACGAUCGAUACAGGGGAGACUAUGAUCGAUUCUACGGGCGAGAUUAUGAGUACAACAGAUACAGAGACUAUUACAGGCAGUACAAUCGGGAUUGGCAGAAUUACUACUACCACCACCCCCAGGACAGAGACCGAUACUACAGGAACUACUACGGUUACCAAGGGUAUCGGUGAAGCCCCUGUUGUUCUCGCCUGUCAGCCAUGAAGCUGAAUCUCUAGGGGUGCCAGGCACCCCCCAAAACACAACCAAGGAAAACAGGGGCUGUUCGGGUGGGGCUGAGCUGCCGGGGAGGGGCGGUGGGGGGGGAGGGUGCGCAAGCGGGGGCAGGGGAGGGGGGAGGCGGAAACAACAAAACUGUACAUUUUUUUUAAAAGUUUGUUGAAAAGAAUAUUGUCUUAUUCUAUAAAACAUUUCAAACCUAGUUAGAUAUUUGUAAUCAAAAAACAUUUGCGCAGAAAGUGGCACUUAGGGCUGCCUGUCCUAUAUCCUGCAGUUGGACAGGAAAAGAACUGAAAAUGUCACCCUUCUGACAUUCUGAGGCAGCUGGCCUGGCAGCCAAGGAAGGGAGAGUGAUGAGGUGGCGCGGAGAGGGUGGGCACGCAUGUGAGGGCACUCUCUCCAGAGCAGGCAGGAGCGGGGACAGACGGACAGCUUGUGACUGGGGCAGUGAAAAUAAACGAUUGGCUCUUAUCAAUCACUUGCACCAACUAACCGUUUGUAUUUUCUUUACCGACCUUUCCCUCUCGGGAUAUCUGGUCUGGUGGGCUGGGAGGCCAAAGUGUCCCUGUCUCCACUUCCCCAUGCCUCGUGCUGUUUGGCUGAGGCGCGGAGACUACCAGUUGGGUGGUUCUGUUAGAUGGCAUUCCCAGGCCAAGGAAGCACGGGGACUGUUCGUGACCGCAGAGCAGAAUAGCUUCCUCCCUCUGUGCGCCCCGUAAUGAAUUUCCUACAGAACCUCGAGGGAGAAGGGCAUUGCCGCCUUCAGCCUGAAGAUUGUGAUUUUACCAGUCUCUACUCUCUGUCUUCCAAGCUCGAGACAGGCGGGAAGUCUCUGAAAUCAUCUCUGUUAGAGUAUCUGUCCUCUUCUAGUGCGAGAGAAGGAACGGUUCUCAGGGUUUCAGCUCACACAGAAACGAAGCAGGAUUCUUUUUGCUGCAGCAGGAUAUGUAUAUAGGUGAAUCCUGUGGUGUGGGCUCCGGGGCCCAGGUGCUGAGAAUAGCAACUAUUUUAUACAAUGUGGAGGGCACAAGCCCUGCUGGUUUUUUUGAUACACAGGUAGAGAGUGGAUAGGAGGGGGGUGGGGGGUGGGAGGCAGCUCAGUGGGGCUGCCGAAACAGGGGAAGAGCGAGAAUGGGAGCGUGUGUACCGUGUGCAUGAGAAGGGGGCACCCCCUCCCGACUUCUUGAAACCGGAUUCCUCCAGGGGUGCUGUCCCUGCGUGUCCCCAGAGAGGCCUCUAGCCAAGAGACUUCAGUUGGGAUAGUUUUUGUUUGUGACUUUACCAACACCCUCCCAGUUCUUGACAAACAGCUUUAGGUGGCUGGGCUCAGGAAUCGGGGGGGGGUACGGGAAUGCUCUUUCAGCGCUCCGCGCUUCACUUGUAAGUCAUCCUCCCGCCCAGCGUUGUGUCAGCCAAGAGCUUACUCCGCAAACACCACGUACAGCCCGGCUUGGGCUGCCCGCCGAGGCUUCACUGCCGUUUCCUCACCUGGGCAGUUCUCGGGUUAAAAUUUUGUGCUGAGAUUUGACCUUCCUCUCCCUUGGCCAUCAUUCCCUCCAUGCAGCCCUCCUCUAGGCGUGCAGGCCCACACCCUAGUCCUCCAGUCACCCCUGACCCAUACACCCUUCUGCCCCUCAAGUACCUCUGCCCCCGAGACUGGCGAGGGGUGCUGGUAGGACGUCGGCUUGCUCCUAAUGAUGUCCUUUCUGUUGGUGCCUGCUUCCUUGUGCCCUCAUGGAUUUGCGUGUGGCAGUGGGUGGAGUGAUUGCAUGAACUUUGCUGUAAUCCACUAACUACUUAUUAAGGGAGUCUGAGAAAGCUUUGCUCGUAGUGUGAGGCACGGAGGUAAAAACUGGAGCCCAAAGAAAUUCCCGUAGGGCAAGAUUAUGUAACGAUAGAAAAUCGAAUCUGAGGCCGAAGUUGCCAUCUCUUUUCCAAAUGUUCCGUCCUCCAGCGAAUAGCAUCUCUCUCUAGUCUCCGACGUGGUUUGUGGAUGCUGGGCCCUCGGGGCGGGGGGGCCAAAGCUCAAGCCGUUUGGAGGUCGUCGGGGGUGGGGGAGGGCUAGGGGAGGGACUUGCUGUUAAUUUCUGACACCAGAAAGUCAUCUUUAAAAAAAAAAAAAAGCUGUUUUUCUGAUGGAUGGAGAGUGAAACUGCCACAUCCUUGUUGGUUUAACCCAAGAGAUCACUUACAACAACAGUAGAUGUCUGGGUUUUGUUUAUGUCUUUUUAUUGUGAAAAAACGAUGUUAAGGGGGGGAGAUGUGGGUUACCAGGAGGGAUCCCUAGCGUUGUUUUCCUUAGAGGGUUUGUUUAGUGUUUUAUCAGACGUCUGUUGUAGUUGUUGUAGAUGGAAACGCACACCACAUGGAGCCUGUAAAUGUUUUUGCACAACCUGUAAAGCAUUCUUGGAAGUGGCCAGUAAAAAAGGGUUUUACCGUUUAAAAAAAAAAAAAUGUAACUGUGUCAUUGUUUACAUCUGUAACUUUUUCCUCCCCUGUUCUCAUUACAUCCUGGCGAAAAUGUAGGCACAGUAGCUUCCAGUUUUAGAAUAAAUAACCAUUUGGAUUGAAUUCA